AGAAAUAGAUUGCCUAAUCUAUAAUAGAAGAACCAAGAACGCAGCUCAUCUCCCCAAAUCCCUCUUUUGACUUUCAUCCUCUCUUUACCAUAUCCACCUCUUCUUCUCCUCGAUUCCACCAUCUUCGUCUCUCUCAUCACCCGAUCAUUCAAAUUCUCACUCCUCUGGCCUUCGAUCAUGCCAAUUUUUACUCGAAUUUCUAAAUGAUUAUCAAUUUGCUAUCAGUGAAGUCCUUCAGCAGUUUCAUCCUUCCGAUCGAUUGAACUUUUCUCUAAUUGACAGCCACAAUUAGUAGCUUCUACCAUUUGGGAUUCUGGGUUUCGUGUUUUCGCCCAGUUCUCUAAAAUUUUAUGUCCUGUUGGUUGCGAUGAAGAUCGAGGAGCUCGAUGAUGGCGCGGAAAGUAUGAUAGAGAGCAAGUACAGCAGAAAUAGCGAAACGAGGCUGAUCGCGGUUAGGGUUGACGCAAAAAGGGCUUUAGUCGGAGCCGGGGCUCGGAUCCUGUUCUAUCCGACCCUUUUGUACAACGUAUUCCGCAACAAAGUUCAAGCGGAGUUCCGGUGGUGGGAUCAAAUCGAUCAGUUUCUACUGCUGGGCGCUGUUCCAUUUCCAAAGGAUGUACCCCGUUUGAAGCAGCUUGGAGUUGGGGGUGUAAUUACUCUGAAUGAGCCCUACGAGACUCUGGUCCCGACAUCUUUGUACUAUGCUAAUGAGAUAGACCAUCUUGUCAUCCCCACUAGGGAUUAUCUCUUUGCUCCUUCUUUUGGGGAUAUUAACCGUGCAGUGGAUUUCAUUCACAGAAAUGCGUUGAGUGGUCAAACAACAUAUGUUCAUUGCAAAGCAGGGCGAGGAAGGAGCACAACCAUUGUUCUCUGUUAUCUGGUUCAAUAUAAGCAUAUGACUCCCGCUGCUGCACUUGAAUACGUUCGGUCUAGAAGACCCAGGGUCUUGUUAGCUCCAAUCCAAUGGAAGGCAGUUCAAGAAUAUCAGCAGCGAUGCAUGGCUUCAAGAACGGUCUGCACAUCCGGGGAUGCUGUGUUAAUCACAAAAGCUGAUCUAGAAGGGUAUGAUAGUCCUUGCAAUGACAACUCAAGUAAGGAGCUUGCAGUCGUGUCUAGAAGGUCGAACACGAGUCCUAUGAUGGCUAGGUUGUCGUGCCUCUUUGCAUCUCUGAGAGUUUCAGGUAAUUGUGGACCUGUAAUGAGGCAGCUGACUGAAGCGCGUGCUUGUUGAAUUUUACCCUUAUCCAAGAGCUGCUGAAGUGCGUACAGACAAGUGUAAGUUAAUACUGUGUUUUACAAGUAGAUCAAGGAUAAAUAAAAAAGAAUCAUGACUUGGGCAUUGUAUAUAAUGUGGGAUAUGCUUCUUUAUUUAUGUAUAUCAGAUCGAAUUGAGUCGAGUCGAUACAUUGGUAAGCUCGAGCUUGAGUCGACACCGGUCGAGUUUCCCCCUUGUUUUUCUUUAAUUUGAGCUCAAUCCGAUGGCAAAUUCGGUAUAUUUGAGCUGGACUCGACUAUUGUAAGUAGUAAGUAGUUUUGAGCUUCUUGUAAAUUGAUCGAGUUUACAACAACUCAGGUUCGAUUCCA